AUGGCAGCUAGAACGGCAAAUCCGCCAAUAUUCCGCAUGGUUUUACUCUUUCUCUACGUUCAACUCUCUAUAUCUGCUGUUUCUGGGGUCUAUGGGUUUGGGUUGUCGUCAUUUAGAGGUGACAGCUCCAAGACCGCAAUUGAUCUCUCCCUUUUACUACAUACGAACCCAGCAGAACACAAUGACAUCUUCUCGGAAGCCCUUCAGCUACUGGAUUCCAUGCAACACGCGCCGUCGUGUAAUCAGCGCGCUGUAGCGAACUUGAUAACCUCGUGCCAAGUUUUCUCCUCAGGGAAAAGUGAGCGGGGACAAUAUUCCGCCUUAGACUUGGACAAUGUCAAGUCGCUAUAUGCUGCGAGGCUGGCUAUAUGUGAGGUGACAGGGGCGGGGGCUGCGGUUCCAAAUCAGUGUUUGGCUAUACUGCCUUCUCGCGACAAUGAGAAACCCAUCUACACGUUUAAACGUCAAGUUUCGCAAGAGUCAGAGGAGAAAGAUGUUAUACCGGAGAAACUACUUGCACCAUGUCUUAGAUCUCUGGAAUCAAAACCGCAGUGGUGGACCAGCUAUAGCAACAGCCGGCAGAACGCUGCUGUAAUGUGUCAUGCUGCCCGGCUUGACGUGGAAAAGGAAGAACUGCUUAACCACCACAGGGCACUCACUGAAGUUACAUCCGGGCUAACCGAACAUCUAAACCGCUCUUUAGAGAACGGGUAUACCCAAGCUAGACGGCAGAAAGAAUUUUUACAGGCGGUCGAUGACCUUCGCCUAAAAUUACUACGUGAUCUACGCAAAGAUAGCGUGAUCAUUCAAGGCCAGUUUACAGAGCUCUUGAAAGGUACAAAGGAUAUCUUUCGGGUCGCGAACGGGGAAUUCCAGGGGUUUGUCAAGUCUACUUCGGCAGAGGCGGCUACUCUAUCAAAGCAAAUUCAACAUUCUAUUCACUCGGUUCGAGAGGUAAAACAGGCUUUGGGUGAGGUGCUUGCGGAUGGAGUGAAGCGGAACUCAGACCUGGUUGCUGCGGAACAAAGUGCCCUUCAAAUAAACGCCCAUCUCAUAACAGACAUCAACCGCUUACUCCAUGAGGUAAAGGAUGUUGGGCGUUCCUUGAGUGGAAUUGUUUCAAGCGUGAAUCAGAAGCAUUCUUCGCUCGACGAUCGCAUGAAUCUCUUCGAUGCAGCGUUGCAUAACUUUGAACAGAAGGCUGCAAUUCUGCAGGACAUGAUGGUCGUGCAAAUCAUGAACCAGACUCGCCUUCAACAAUCGUUUCACGAAGAUCUUCGCACAACCCAGGCCCUUCUACACAACAUUACAAACUCCGCUAUAUAUUUGCAGUCCGCCAUCGGAGAUGCCCAUAAGCUUACACCGUUUCAGCAAAUUGACUUCCAUAAGCUUACAAGCAUUUAUUAG